CCCAUCCCUCUCCAUGUCCAUCAACCCCAACACCCGCAUCUCGCCCCGAAAGAACCCCUCCUCGACCCCGCCAUGCACCCCUUCGCCGCCAGCCCGACCUCCUACCACGUCCCGAUGCACGAGAUCACCUCCCGCGGGAGCAUCAGCGACCAGUCCCACCGCAGCAGCUACGGCAGCAUCAGCAGCAGCAGCAGCAGCAGCACGACCGGGUACAAUGCGCCGCGACGGCCCAGCGAGCCGGUCUUCUCGCCGACGCACGACGCGGUGGAGCAUCAGAAGCGCGAGCGGUUCCUCGAGCGUAACCGCGUGGCGGCCAACAAGUGCCGGCGCAAGAAGAAGGAGCACACCCGCCAGCUGGAGAGUCGGUGCAUGGAGGUGACGCAGGCCAACUCGCGGCUGGAGUCGGAGGUCAGCCAGCUGCGCAGCCAGAUCCUGGAGCUGAAGAACGAGCUCCUGCGGCACUCCGGGUGCGACGACCCGGCCAUCAAGGCCCAUCUGGCGCGAAUGGUCGCCCACCUCUCGCAGCGCAGUGCCUCGGUCUCAGGCCCCAGCGAGUCCGAGGGGGGUGGGCCGCGGGCUAGGUCGUCGCGGUCGACGCCGCUGUCUCCAGCCUAUGAAAACAUCGCGAAGGAGGAAGUCGAGCAGAAGGCUGCGUUCGGGUUCGAUGAUAUGCUUCAUUUGCCUAACGCAGGUGGUUCGAAGGCCGAUGAGGAGGAGGUGGAGGAGGAGGAGGAAUUGAAGAUGAAGGAGAGUCCGUGAUGAUAUACGGCCAUGCAGCGACUACACUUGUACACGACUGUCUUACGAGUUUUUUUUCAGGGACAUGGGAUCGGCCUUCUGCUUUUUUGCUUACUUUCUUUUGUUUUAUCUAUUACUUGGGACUGUACCUUUUGAUGUACAAUAUCGCGCUGUUCUUCGCAACGGGCAGUAUAUGGAGCUCUGAUGGAUGGGAUAUAAUGGUUGGGUGUACGGG